AUGUGGAGUCAAUUUCGUCACGCCCACAGCGCGUGCGUGACCUCCCUGACCUUUAGCCCUCACGUAGGGCUCUAUUCGCAUCUGUUGUGCUCUACCUCUGGGGAUGAGACGGUGGCCCUGUGGGACUACUAUUCCGGGGUGAGUAUCGCCCGUCUCCGGCACCACCGGGAGCCGGUCAACCACGCGUUAUUCCUCCCGGACGAGCCCCACCACCUCCUUACUGCCUCCGACGACGGCAGCAUCGCGCUGUGGGACCUGCGACGCCCGGAUCACCCCCUGGGGAGCCUCCACGACUUCCCUGAAGGGGUCAAUAAGGUGAUCCUGUUGCCCCUUUCCUGUCUCCCGGAACGAGGGGAAGGCUCCCCGGCCUUCCCGCGCCCGCGCUACCUCACCGGAAGCGCCUGUGACGACGGCAAGGUCUACCUCCACGGGGUGUAUGCCCUAUCCGACGCCCCGAAUGACGGCGAGGUCACCUUUGCGUCCUCGAUGACGAUCGGGGUCCUCCUCGAUUCUUUUUGGGCUUCCGUGAGUACGGUGAACGACCUCGUGUGGAUUCCCGAGACGGAGCUCCUCCUCACCGCCUCCGAGGAUGGCGCGCUGCGGGGCUGGCGGCUGGGGGUGGACCCUACCACCCCUCCCCAGGAGCGGCUCUUGCAGAACCUCGACGACUUCGAGAAUCCGGUUAAUCACGUGGUGAAGGUCCCGGAAGGGUGGAUGGACCCCCCAGCGGGGGCGGGGAUCGCUUCGUCAUCGAGAUCGCCUUCUCCGGCGUCGGCGUCGCCCCCGUGUUGGGUCCUCGCCGCGAGCUCGGAGGGGGUGUUUGGGAUCGCGCUCACAGCACCGGACGGGGCCCCGGAUCCCGAUGUUAGGACCUUUAUCGGCCACGGCGAUUAUGUCCGCGGGAUGUCUUUCACCCCGGCGCGGACGCUGCUCACCGUCUCGGAUGACCGCACAGCAAUCGAGUGGGCGCUCCCCACGGCCGAGCCAAUUCGCCAGGUUCAACUGCACGAGGGGCUCGUCAUGGCCUCGGCGUUGUCCGCCGCGGGGGACGCCUUCGCGAGCGGGAGUGAUACUGGCGAAAUCCGUGUCUGGCGGCUGCCUUUUCAGACGGAGCGGCUCGUGGGAUGA